CGGCGUCGCCAUUUUUUAUAGUGACGUUGCUGGGCAGAGCUUUUACUAUUUACGCCGGUUUCACCGGUUACACAACACUUUAAAAUCGAUUAAAACAAACAAACAUCGGUAACGCGAGUCGACAGUUUUUCGCGAAUUCGGAAUUAAAAACGAGGGGCGAAGAGCCACUGCCAGGUAAAGUAUUGAAGAGGGCAAGUAUGGACCGGGAUUCAGGGUACAUAAUGUUGGGACCAGCAGAUAUAAAAAUGGAACCAAUCGAUAUCAAAGUGGAACCAGUCGAUAUCAAACAGGAAAUGGAUCCAGACAGCAUUAUGGGACGUGCGCCAAAAAUAAAGGGUCAACCUAAGAAGUUGAAGCAGGAGAAGAUAACUGACCACGUGACGGUGAAAAAACGCAAGGUGGACCGCUUUAAGGGGAUGCCUGAGGAGGAGGUUGCCAAGAGACUGCUGCCUGACCACCUGGCCCCGAAUCUUGACAUUGUCAUUGUUGGUAUCAAUCCAGGCCUGUACGCAGCCUUCGUGGGCCACCAUUAUGCUGGACCAGGCAACCAUUUCUGGAAGUGUAUGUACCUGUCUGGGCUGAUCCCAGAGCCCAUGAACGCCAUGCAGGACUUCAAGUUGCUUGAGUACGGUAUCGGCUUCACCAACAUAGUUGCUAGGACGACCAGGGGCAGUGCUGAUCUCACCAAGAAGGAAAUCAAAGAAGGUGCUCAACUGCUGACUGAGAAACUUCUCCAAUAUAAACCCAAGAUUGCUGUGUUCAAUGGAAAAGGUAUCUACGAGAUAUUUGUCGGUCACAAGAACUUUCACUUUGGCAAACAGCCGGAGCCUCUGCCUGGCACUGAAACGGCUGUGUACGUAAUGCCCUCCUCCAGCGCUCGAUGCAGCCAGUUGCCAAGGGCGGUCGACAAGGUGCCGUUCUAUGAGGCACUCAAAAAGUUCCGUGAUCACCUGACUGGCAAACUUCCCAAUCUCCAGGAGUCGGAGAUAACCUUUCCGGAUCUUGCUCUGAAAACUGCCGUGAAAAAGGAACCAAAGGUUGAGAAUCUCGAGGAUUAUCCCGGGGAACUUGAUUCUAUGUCUCAGUUCUCACAUCAAGGGUCUAUGGACUCUGCAGAUCAGUUCUUGUCCGGCUUUGAACAGCAGUUGUCUCAGUUCAGUUCAGGAUCGUAUCAGGUCAUUCCUCACACUUCGGGUAUGCCCGGUAUGGGGUCUAGUCAGUCCACCUACCCACAGCAGAAUGACUUUUCUCAUAAUCAUCAGCAUCAAAAUCAUCAUUACCUUCAGCAGCAUCAGCAGCAAUCGCAGAAGCAGACCAGUUACAGCCCAGCCAUAUCUAGUCAGUCUUUCAGGGAACCAGUCUAUUCCUCUGAACAGGAAAUGAGAAAUGGAAAUCUGCCGAGUCAUGAUGGCGGACAGAUUCGUGUAAAACAAGAAGCAGUUGAGAGAGAUGCAGAUAUGCAAUCAUGUAGCAAUAAUCAUACUCAUUCUGAGACAAUUUCGUUGGGUCAAAUAGAGGUGUACAGCCAAGCAAAUGCAACACAUUCAGAUUCUCAUAUGAACAACUUUCUCAAUGGUCUGUAUGGAAUGGUGAAUCAGGUGGCUGGCAGUCAGAGCAGCCAGUCAAAGUACGGACUUGUAACACAUUCCAGUAUCACUCAGGGUGGACCAGUCCAGUUUAAUGAUGCUCUGAGGGACAUUGUUCGUGAAGGCAGCACAGAAGAUGACUUUGAUCUUGGACCAGGUUUGUCCUCAUCAUCAUCAUCAAACAACUUUGGUAAAAAUUCUGCUGAAGGAAGUCCUCAGGGUGUGAAAGAAACCAAGUCUUCCAAGGGUAAAGCUUCCAAGACCUCUAAACCGAGGAAAAGAAAAUCAAAGUCAAAUGAAAGUUUUGAUGAUGAGGAGGCGGUUAAUUCUCCACCUGUCCAGCAGAAUGUCUUGCCACCUCCUUUGUCACAGUCUUCUACCUCGCCUUCAUUGCACCAGAUGACCUCAGCUCAUACUCUGCCAUCAUUCCUACCUUACUCGAGUCAAAUACCGUACAUGACCAAUCCCAUGAUGGCAUAUGCAAACGCUUCUUAUAUGUCACAAAUGUCUGCAAUGCAAAGCAUGUACAUGCCUCACUCUGGUUUUCAAAGUUCUAUUAAUAGUAACACCCAGGGGUAUCCCCAGAUGUUUACCAAUGGCUAUCAACCAUUUAUGGGAAUGGCAGGAUAUUCCAGUUUUGGAAACAAUGGGGGAGGAUAUGGGGGAAAUCAUGGUCAAGAUGGGACAGGAAUUCCAUCAGUGCCUGCAAUAAAACAAGAAAAGCCAGAUUAUUGAAGCUGGACGGCUUAAUGAGAUCUUAUUAUUUUAUAGCGAAGAACUACACUGAAUAACAAAUAUUAUUUUAAAUCUUUGUAAAAUCACGUACAUCAACAUAUCUAUUAUUUACCAGUAUAUUGAUUAAAUGAAUUAACUAAUAAUAAUGAUGCAGGCAUUAAACUAGUAAAUUAGAUGUGCUUAUGACAAAAAAAUCUUAAGUUUUAUUUGGUGGUUUUGGAAUUGCCUGUCUUGCAAUCCUGAAAAUGAAUUACUUCAAAUAAAUUGAUCUUGAACCACACAUUCCGCAGUUAUCAGGGAUUUUUCUUGAUGUUAAUGACAAAGACUGUCCAACGAUGUUAUUUGGUCUAUGAAUAUGAAGACAAUUGUGUGUUAUGGUUUCUCUAGCCUUUAAAGGUUUUGAUAUUACUAUUAGAGAUGUUUUAGGUAACAAGUACCGUAAUUUUAAAGACAUUUUGUUAGAGUAUUUACAAUAUUUGAAAAAAAUAUUUACACAUUUGUAUUCAUAGUUGUACUUAAAUUAUUCGUUUUCUGAUUUAUGUAUAUCCAAUUAUUGGAUAUGUUUGCAUUUUUGGCAAACCAUAUAUUUUGUUAGAAAUAUUGUUUGGCUAAUUACAUAUCUCAUAAUCUUUUGUUAGUGAUACUGUUUUUGCUUUCGCUUGCUUUCUGUUGUAAACUUUUAUUAUUUUGUAGUUAGUUGUAAUGCAUUUCAUGCUAUAUGCCAUAGGUUUUAGAUUACAUUUUCGUUCAUGCCUUAAGCUUCCAUAUAAAACCUGAUAACAUUGUAUUUUUUCAGAUUAUUCAUAAGGUGCUGCAAAUUAUAAAUUAUAAACAUUAGAAAGAUGAGCUUUAGAUUUAAGAAUAGGCUAAAAAUAGUAAAAUAUUAUGCUUGCCCUUUUAUCACUAUGAAACAUGCUGAAGUUGCAGUAUUACUGUUUAUGAUUAAAAUGGCUAAACUGAUCCAAACAAACAAGGCCAAGUGAUCAAAACAAACAAGUUGUAGCAUCUGUCUUUGUCUUUUAGUGUUUUUUUUAAAUCAGACUUCAGUUUAUAAUGACACCAAAAUCAUGGUAAAUAUAAGCCUGAUAUUAGACAGUGUAAUCAUCAAACUGGGGCUGGUGAGCCUGGUAUGGUGGUCACUGUAGAGGAAAGGGGGUACUUUCAGUACUUAAAAUCUCAAGAGCUGGAAAUGGCACUAUUUUUCAAAAUUUGUCCCAACUUUCAUGGGUCUAGGAAUGGAAAUUAUGUAUGAAUGCUGGUACACUCUUCAGGUCCUCACAUAAUGCAGUCUCAUGACCUCAUAAACUAACGUUAUUUACCAACAGUUGUAUGGUACCAUAAGUUCAUUUGCCUGAAAAUGUUUUUUAUUGCAUAAUGCUUGGCCUUUCGCAAGAUGUUGUUGAAAUGCUAAACAUUACUGUUUGUUAUGUGUUUCCUUUUUGUCUUUUAAUAAUUAGCUUUUAAUGAACCUGAAGUUUACAAAACAACAUCUGAAUAUUUUUUCAGCUGGCAUAUAAUUUUUAUAUUAAUAUUAUCGACAAAUAUUUUUAUUUGUUACAAUGUUUUUUUCUACUAUUUCUAUAUAGUUUUAGUUUUUAACACAACAUUAUACAAUGUAUUUAGAUGUUUUUAUGUAUUAUGACAUGUUCAAUGUGAAUGUUCAUACAAAAUGUGUUCAUGGAAUGUGCAUGGCCUGUCAGUAGACUUUGCUUUUAUUUAACCAUAUCCCCCAUUAGAAGCAAAGUGAAAAUGGCUUUUGCAACCAGCAUAAAACCAGAACAGCCUGCGGGUACCUCGCUGCCUGUUUAGGUUUUAUUCUGUUUGCUUCUCAUCAGUAUCUAAUGGUUGGAAAUGAAGCCUUUAAAACUUGAAUCUAGUAAGAAAGGUCUUUAAUUAAAUGUAAAUUUCUAAGGGACUACAAAUAGGUGAAAAUACGUAUCUAAGUGGUCUAGCAAUAGACAGGUGUGUUCAUUUAAAAUAGUCAUGUGCAAUUCCACAGAUUCAUUUGAUUUGUACAAUCUUCAUUUUAAUGGCAUUUCUACAAUGUUGAUUCUAAAUUAUUUCUGUACUAGAGCAUUACUGAUGUAUAAUAGAUCUUUCCCCCAUAUUUGCUGUUGUGAUUGCACAUAUUUGCAAAUGAGAUGUCUCGCAAAUAAUGCCAAGAUAUUCUUUGUGUUCACAUAUUUUACACUGACAUGUUACACUGAUGUGAAUCUGUCUGUAAAUGAAAUAUUAUGUACUAUAGUAGUAUCAUUUUGUAAUUGAGUCAUUUUUACUACAAAAAUAAAUAUUCUUCUUUAUAGUCA